AUGGACAGCAGCAACAGCAGAGAACCCAAAAUAUGCCAACCUAAUGGCCCCGUGGAUAUGUACGACAAUUACGUCAUAUUAAGCGAAGAACGGCUGUGCUGGAGGACUGACUAUUGCAGACUGCAGGAGACACCUGGAAGGGGCGACUCGGCGGCUGGGGGUAGCUCGACCCCCAACCCGGCGGUGGUGGUGGUAGUCGGGACAGCGAGUUUUCACUUCCAAGCCAACCGGAUCCGGCGGCUGCGAACUCUGAAUAGAAGGGAUGCGGGCGACAACAACCGCAGCAAUCCCAUGGUGGAGGGACACAGCUAG